ACCACUACUCUUGAUAUACUGUGAGCAGAAGACAUGCAUUUCCGUAAAUGAUGAGGGCAUUACGGUUGGUCACAAAGAAUGGUUUACUUACUAGUGUAUCACUACUUUGUAAAAGCACUAUUCAACAUGUACCUUUUAAAUAUGGAAAAUAAACAUUUAUUCACUACAUGUACCCAAUUAUCAUCGCACUGAAAUUAUGCAUCUUUCAGUAGCUAAAAAUUUUUAUAAUUUGAUCUUAAAAGUUUAAUCUAGGCAGCCAUACCACACCAAAGUUCUAAAUUGGUUUCUUAUCUUUUACAUGAAAAUCCUGGUCUAACCUUAGAAAAAGUAGGACAUCGUUUAAUAAUUUUGCUGAGAAAUGUCAUGUUCAAGGCCCAUUUACACUGCAGUUCCUUACUAGUAUGAAUGAAAUAUUAACAAAAAGGCAAUUAUUGGAACAUGCUAUCCCACCACUUUAUCUCGAUUUUUGUGUCUAGUAGAUCCUAAGAAUAACCUUUUGAAAGAAAACUUAACAUUAUAGUAAUCCAAAGUUUCAAUAAUGACCGUGGACUGGUUUCACAUUGUCUUUGGUUAAUUCUAAGUCCAUAGACUCAGGACCGAAUAGCUACCAUAAAAAUGAUAUAAAGUUUGUUUGGCUUCACUUCGAGGAUGCGACCAAGGGGCCACAAGUUUUCUUCCACGAGUACUAGGCGUAUCAAGGUACCAAUUGUGUUGACGAUUCUACAGUCACAUGUAGCUCUUAACGCCGUAUUUGUAGGUUUUAACUUUACAAGUUGAUUUUUAACAUAUUGGACUUUCACCCAUACAGAUUCGGUUCGAGAGGUAUUGAUUGAGAAAAUUUGAGGCAAAGAGGGUACAAUAAAGUAAGAUGUUGAAGCUUUUUACCAAUCAGAGGAAGAUUUCAGCAGUGUUGUUACGAACUUGCUCGAGGGCAGUGGUUUCAUCAAGUCUGCGCAAUACAGAUAGCUUAAAGUAUUGCAGUCGCUCUAUGUCGGAUGACAAUUCUUCUAAUUCGACAAGACUUGCUGUGGUAAAUUUUCCUUCAACAAGCUAUUUUCAUCGUUGGAGUCUUAGCAACUCUGAUAAGGAAGACUACUCCAUGGUGUUAAUAAAGAUGGAGGGCGAUGCAGAAAAAAAUUCGCGUACGGUACCUCUUACCCGAGGCGACUAUCAAGUUUGGAGUCUGACUGCCAAUGAUCGGUAUGAGGGUCAUUCCUUAAUGAAAUUAGAAAGAAAAGGCCAAGGUGAUCCAGAAAUCAAAUUUUCUGGAAGGUUCGAUGACCCGACCGGUGCUUGUGUUGUUCAAGUCCAGGACAGAUCGACACCAGGUAAGCCGAGGGUCAGCCUUGGACUAAGUGUUGGACAGGAAAAAUACUAUGUAUCGGUGGAAAAGCACAAUGUUGUAGCGAAGGUUGGUGAAUUUCUUUUCAUUGUAUUUAAAUUUAAUUUUAUUCUUGCCGCAUAUGUAUUAAGCAACGCUAAUCACGUCACAUAAUUGCUAGAAUUGUUAACGUAAUGUUAAUGACAAGAAGAGCUCAAAAUUUUGAAUUCCUUGCAGUGACGUUUACUUUUUAGUCAUUUUUAUCUGAAAUGCUCUAGCAAUUAAAAGGUGAUAGCCUAGAAGGCCACCUCGCUGGCAGCGGAACAACGGUUUCCCAGACUGAGUACUGUUAAUAACUCUUUUGACUCCCAGAUUUCUAACCAAUUCCUCGGUGGUGCAUGGUUACGGGUAGACUAAGGCUACCAAAAACUGGAAGUUACGCGAGAGUCUAUGCAUUAAAAGUACACUUAAAUAUCAAACAGGACACUACUGAAAAAUUAAGUAAUUACAUUCAAACCUCUAUUAAGCGGCCACUCUCGGGGACAAGACAACAGGCCGCUUAAUAGAGGUGGCCGUUUAAUAGAGGUUCACCCGAAAACAACGUUGGGCGUGGUCCAGUUUUCAGUUUAUCAAAUUUAAGUACAAACAAAUGCAAGUGGAGAAAAAGUAGAAUAAUGGUAGUUAUCAUACAGUCCAUGACGUAACAAAAGCCAAAGAAACAAUUUCGUUUCCAUAUUGCCAUUCAUUUACUUCAUCUGGCUAAAAAAUUCCAACUUCAAUUUUUCCUGGCCGUUUAAUAGCGGUUUAAAAUAAAACAAAAUCACCCUUGGGAUGGCAAGAAGCUGGCCGCGGCCGCUUAAUAGACGUGGGCGCUGAAUAGAGGUUUUUAUAGACAAGUUCGGCUAACUCACGCGCGGGUGUCACGUGACUUAAACUGGCCAAAACAAGUGCGUUCGUAUUGACAUUUAGAGAAAAAUAAGCCACGAUUCCGCACUUUUUCCAGGGCUUUGGCCGCCGGCCGCCAAAUAAAGGUUGACCACUUACUUAAAUAGGGGGUCGCUUAAUAGAGGUUCGACUGUAAUUAAAAAAUAAAUUAAAAUAAAUAAUAAUCACAAAUAUAAUCGUAUCUAUAACAAAAUUCUCGAUGUUGAUUGGUUCUCCGUGUGCCAAUUUGUUACGCAAUCGGCGUGCGAUCACUUCGGUGUCCAAGUAAAGGUAUCGGAUUACAACUUUUUGUUAUUGGAUACCUGUGAUUGAAUACCCACGUGGUUCGCAUGUCAAUUACGCGCACUUUGAUGGCUUCCUUCUUAAUGUUGCCUAAAGUUUUUAAAACUCAUGGAAAGCGCUACUGACCCUUUCCUCUAAAGAAGUUCCCGUAGGACUUUUUUUUUUUAAUUUCGAAAUUUGUUAUAAAUACAAAUAAUUAGUGAUUGGAAAUCGUGUUGUAAAAUACAGGGGAUAAUUGUGCACGUAAUUUCAAACCGGGUUCGCGUUUCUCGCUGGUGCGAAUUUAAAAUUAUUCUCGCGAUUAUUUUCUGAAUUGUACUCCACUCGGUCCAAUUACUUUUACUAAUAAUAACAAUAAUAACAGGUUGAAUGCGAUUGUUUAAAUUAUAUAUUUUAAUAUGUUGGUCGACUGUUUUUACUAGUUUUUAAGACGAUUGA